CUUGCAGGGGGUGAGGGGUUCUACCAGGGUGGUACACGAAGGUUUAUUGCUGCAGAACACCUUAAAUGUGGUUAUUUACAGGUGUUUUGGCAGGUUUUGCAGCUGAACUGGGACCGUUCCUUUUUCCCUGCGGUGGUGCCUUGUAUUGCCUGGUUUUUGUGUGUUUGUAUGAUCAAAUUAGGAGCUGAACAUAAGCACAAAAGGGGAAUAUGUUCUUUUAGCUGCUGGACAGCUUUUUUGUAUUAUUUAUUUUAAUUUUUUUUUAAUUCUUGCAUGUAUAAUUUGUGCUCCAAAAUGGUGAUAGGGAAAAUAUUGUUGUCUCUGAUCUUGCCUUUUGCAGAUGCACUUGAGUUAGUUUCUUUCAGUCAUUUUUUCCAGUGUAGAGUGAUAAAGGAGAGCUUAUUUAUCUCUUCGUGGGUAAGAGGUUUUCCAGCCCUUUCCCUUCCCUGUGUCUGCUAUUGUAUUCCGUAUUUGAACGUUGGCAACCCAUUUGAUUAUUUCAAAUUAAGCACUUUUAAGUGGGCUCACCUGCAAGCGAGGUGUCAUUUAAGGAGCUGUGCAAACGAUGAACUGAUUAUUAAGCUAAAAGAAGCGAGAUCUGGCAGAUCAUUUAGCAAAUCAAAAUUCCCUGGAGAACAAUGGGAUUCUUUCCCCGUGGCCCAGGAUCCUGACACAUUCCUACCCUCCACCUCUCAGCAGCGCAGCGCUGGGGGCUGAACAAAGAGCUGCUGCACCCCGGCAGUGCUGUGGAGCUGAAAUUAGAGCAGGUGCCUCUAAUUAGGGCAGCUACCCAGGGCUCCGGUGUCACGACGUGCACGGGACUUUGGGCAGAGGAGUUGUGCGGAGGAGGAGUGAGGAUUCUGCACUCCUGGGGAGCGUGGGCAGCUGCCAGCGCUGGGGAAGGGCUGCUGAGAAUUCCAGGGAGCUCACCUGGGGAGCUCUGAGCUCUCCAGAGGCUGAGAAAUGCCCAGCAGGGAUUUCCUGGCACGGUGUGGGGAUCUCCUGUUUCCCCUGUGCUCCACAGGAAUCCGCUCCAGCCCCACUGUCUCCGUGGGGAUGGUUGGCACAGGGAAUGGGAAUGGGAAGCUGCUCCCUGCCAAAGCCUGGCCAGAGAAAGGCACAGCAGGACUGGGCUGCUCCCCAGGAACUGAAUUGCAUGAAAGGAGUUUAAGAACUUUGAAAACUUUGUCUCAAAUAAGCCACUUGUAUUCUUUAGUUUUCUGUGUUUGUUUCCAUUUCAGCCACUGUUCAGUUCUCUCAAAGCCUUGAUGUAGAAUCACAGAGUAUCCUGAGUGGGAAGGGAUCCACAGGAAUCAUCAGUCCAGCUCCUGGCCCUGCACAGGCACCCCAACAAUCAGAUCAUAUUUUACUGCAGAACAAAAAAAAAGUGAUGGUAGUGGGUUUUUUUAAUUCAGAGUUGAAUCUAGCAUAGACUGUUAAUGGACAUUUGUAGGUCCUGGAUUUCACUUGCAUGAAAAAGAGCAGCAGGUAAGGGUUGAAAAGGGAAUUGGGAAGUAAGAAACCUUAUUAAGUCAAAAGCCGAGAUGGAAAAAUACCUUUUAAGUGUUGCGUGUGGCACGUCUCAGUUACAUAAAGGUGAAGUGACGCCUCCCAAACUGUGUUUGCCGCAGAUGGACCCGUCGUCGCCGCCGUUCCUGCUGGCCAAGCUGACCCCGCUGCACUCGGAGCAGCUCCUGCAGGGCCUCAACCUGCUGCGGCAGCACCAGGAGCUGUGCGACGUGGUGCUGCGCGUGGGCGAGGCCAAGAUCCACGCGCACAAGGUGGUGCUGGCCAGCAUCAGCCCCUACUUCAAGGCCAUGUUCACCGGGAACCUGUCGGAGAAGGAGAACGCCGAGGUGGAGUUCCAGUGCGUGGACGAGGCGGCGCUGCAGGCCAUCGUGGAGUACGCCUACACCGGCACCGUCUUCAUCUCGCAGGACACCGUGGAGUCGCUGCUGCCCGCCGCCAACCUGCUGCAGGUCAAGCUGGUGGUCAAGGAGUGCUGCGCCUUCCUGGAGAGCCAGCUGGACCCCGGCAACUGCAUCGGCAUCUCGCGCUUCGCCGAGACCUACGGCUGCCACGAGCUCUACCUGGCGGCCAACAAGUUCAUCUGCCAGAACUUCGAGGACGUGUGCCAGACCGAGGAGUUCUUCGAGCUGACGCACUCGGAGCUGGACGAGAUCGUGUCCAGCGACUGCCUGAACGUGGUGACGGAGGAGACGGUGUUCUACGCCCUGGAGUCCUGGAUCAAGUACGACGUGCAGGAGCGCCAGAAGUACCUGGCGCAGCUGCUGCACUGCGUGCGCCUGCCCCUGCUCAGCGUCAAGUUCCUGACGCGCCUCUACGAGGCCAACCACCUGAUCCGGGACGACCACACCUGCAAGCACCUGCUCAACGAGGCCCUCAAGUACCACUUCAUGCCCGAGCACAGACUGUCCCACCAGACCAUGCUGCUGACGCGGCCCCGCUGCGCGCCCAAGGUGCUCUGUGCCGUGGGGGGCAAGGCCGGGCUCUUCGCCUGCCUGGAGAGCAUGGAGAUGUAUUUCCCCCAGAACGACUCGUGGAUCGGGCUGGCCCCCCUGAGCAUCCCCCGCUACGAGUUCGGGGUGUGCGUGCUGGAGCAGAAGAUGUACGUGGUGGGGGGCAUCGCCACCCACGUGUGCCAGGGCAUCAGCUACAGGAAGCACGAGAGCUCGGUGGAGUGCUGGGACCCCGACACCAACACCUGGAGCUCCCUGGAGAGGAUGUUCGAGAGCCGCAGCACGCUGGGCGUGGCCGUGCUGGCCGGCGAGCUCUACGCCCUGGGCGGCUACGACGGCCAGUCCUACCUGAGGAGCGUGGAGAAGUACAUCCCCAAGGUCAAGGAGUGGCAGCUGGUGGCCCCCAUGAGCAGGACACGCAGCUGCUUCGCCGCCGCUGUGCUGGACGGCAUGAUCUAUGCCAUCGGGGGCUACGGGCCUGCCCACAUGAACAGCAUGGAGCGCUACGAUCCGAGCAAGAACUCCUGGGAGACCGUGGCCUCCAUGGCUGACAAACGGAUAAACUUUGGGGUGGGGGUCAUGCUGGGCUUCAUCUUCGUGGUGGGGGGACACAAUGGGGUGUCCCACCUGUCCAGCAUCGAGAGGUACGACCCCCACCAGAACCAGUGGACGGUGUGCCGGCCCAUGAAGGAGCCCAGGACAGGCGUGGGCGCGGCGGUGAUCGAUAACCACCUGUACGUGGUGGGGGGACACUCGGGCUCCUCCUACCUGAACACGGUGCAGAGGUACGAGCCCAUCUCGGACUCGUGGCUGGACUCGGCGGGGAUGAUGUACUGCCGCUGCAACUUCGGCCUCACGGCCCUCUGAGGCCGCUGCCCGCCCGGGGCGAGGAGCCGUCCCCGGUACUGCCACGGCACAGCAGCUCCGGCUGCCUUGGGCGCCCCGCUCGGGGCUGGGGUCUGGAGAGAGCUGGGAUCCAGCCGGAGACGUGCCCAUCCAACCCUCUGCAGAGCUGUCGUCUCUGCCCUGUGCUGGGGGAAGCGGGGUGGGCACGGCGGGGCUGACCCCGCGCCCAGAAAGCGCCAGCGCCUCACGGGGUUUUCUAUGCCGGUCACUCAAGGGCUGCCUUGUUUCUGUAUCUCAAGGUUUGUACAUAAUAAAUGCCAUAGGAUGUUGCCUGUACUCUCCUUUGUCACCUGCUUCCUGCUAGGAGGGCUGGGAUGAUCCUUGGAGACGUUUACGAGGCAAAUUUAUUGCCUCCUCGGGACAAUUUUGGAUCUGAUGAAGAGAAUUUGCAUUUUUAACUUUUUCCUUUCUGUUUUCUGCUCUUGGAGAAACGAGUGCUAGAUGAACUGACUUCAUCCUGCCAUGUGCUCUCAGUUGGAAUGCGAGGAGAAAUCCCAGCAGCAGCACUCCUAGCAUGAUUCCCAAUAAAACCUCCGAGCCAGCCCAUCCCAUCCCAUCCUCCUGAGCGCGCUCAUGUCCGUGUUCUCCUUUUUUCAAGGAUUGUAUGACUGUGUCCUCUGAGUGUUCCCAUCUCACAAUGGUGCUAAAUGCAGGGGUACCCCCGAGGCUGUUGCUGGUUUCGGUGCAUAAAGCAUGUUUGGAUUGUU